UAAAAAUGCAAUAAGAUCAACCUAGAGAAAUGGCUUAAGUGGUUUCUAUAGCAGAAAACGCCUAAUUUUAUAGAUUGAUUUAGAAUUCCAGAACAAAGGUUUUUUAAGGAAGUGUAAAGCUGGCAUAAUUUUAAGAUUCAAAAACUCAUUUCAUUACUAUUGAAAAAUUCUGUCAAAAUAUUGUUCCUGGCACACCUUUUGUAUAUAUAUAGUCUGAAUCUGGAUUGACUCUUAUAUUUCCUCAUAUAGACUAAGGUAAAUUGAAGAAAAUAUAUUAUGUUUUAGGUUUAAAUGGAAUCUUUAUUCCACAAAGUGACUUAUUGAGUGCAUUCCAAACAGCCUUAAAUGCAGUAGUUUCCAUGGUACCAUUUGAUUAAGCAAUGUAAAUUCAACAAUUCAAGGACACUAUUGAACUUCAUUGUAGAGACAUUGCUACUAACACUUUAGAUAAUCCUAAUGAUGCUGCAUCUUAUAUUACAAAAGGAGGAGAGUAAAUUUUAUUAUUUUAAUCCUUAUAGUUAUUUAAAGAAGGGAUUCAUGUUUUUAGGAACAAUGAUGGCAACAGGAAUCAAUAAAGGAACUUAAUAUUUGAAUGAUAAAAUUUAACCAGGUUAAGAAGUUUAAGUUGAUCCAAAUACUAAGACAAAGUUUUAGGCUACCAAAGAGAAAGUUAGUGAAGUUUUCGAUGUAACAGGACAAUAUCUUGGAUAAUUAUUUAAGCCUGUAGCAGAAAAAACCAAAGAGUUAACGAAUGAGCUUGGAUAGAAGAUUGAUAAUUCUGAUAAUAAGAGUAAAUAUAUUAUUUAUUCGGAUUUAUAGUUUUGAAGUAAAGUAAAUAAUUGACAUCAGCUACUUGGGAUGCAGCAGGAACAGCUCUUUCAGGAUUAGGAACUGCUUUAUGUUAAGUUGGAAGUUCUAUUGGAAAUGGAACAAAACAAAUAGUUUAAAAGAAAUAUGGAAAUGAAGUUGUUAAUACUUAUCUAGGCGGAGAUUAGCAACAACAGUAACUACAACAAUAAUAAUAACAACAAUAAUAAUAGUUGGAUCAAUAUUAGCCAUUAAUUGAGGAAUAACCAGCACCAUCUUCAUGAAAAAAUAUCAUAUAAUUAU